AUGACGGACAACGUAGCUCCCCGGUACAUUUGCUUCCUUUGCAAAAGGAAAUUUGCGAGUGCCGCUUUGCUCACAAAGCACAAGCAGUUGUCCGAGCUGCACCGACGGAAUCUCACCAAGCAGGAAGAGGAAAACCAGCAGCGAAAGGAGGAACUGCGCCAAGCUGUUGCUGCAGUGAAGAGACAACUUCAGGAAAUCGAAGUUUCCUUGAGUAAACUGGAGGUAGCAGAUGAGGGGCUGAUAGGCCAGCGGACCAGCUUGGAAAUGAAGUGCCGACAGGCCAUGACCGAAUAUGGCCAGGUGCAGGAACGCCUGGAGGUGAGUCGGCACCAGCAGCUCUGCGAGCGUCAGGGCGGUGAAGGCAAUCCGCCCUGGUCGCUGAAUGGAGCGCACGAGACGACCGUGGGCCGUUUGCUGAUGUCAGCAGGUGCUGCAUCCUGGCAGGGGAACAAGGAAGUGCAAGAAGAUCGUUUCCUCACUGACGUUGAACUUCAAGCACCAGGGGGUCAGCGAAUAGUGGGUGUCAUUGUUUUCGAUGGCCACUCUGGAAGUCUCUGUGUGGAUAUCAUGAUGGACUGGCUUCCCAGGAACCUCCAGAAGUGUCUCUCGGCGAAGCCGGCGCUCACGGAGGAACACUUGAAAAAUGCGGUCACAGAGGCUUGCGUUUUGACGGAUGAUGAGUUCCUGGCGAAGGCUCGAGAAAAGGAUGCGCUGGAUGGCACCACCAUGAUCUUGUGCUUGCUCUGGCCUGAAGAUGUGGGUCGGGCACAAGGCAAGAGUCGGUGCAGGCUCUUGGUGGCCAAUUUGGGUGACUCUCGUGCUGUGAUCUGUCGACAGCAGGGGCAGCACCUUGGAUCCUUUCGGCUUUCGGAAGAUCACAAGCCCGGACGACCGGAUGAGCAACAACGCAUCGAAGGAAAUGGAGGGGUCGUGGACAUGCAGGGCGUGUGGCGUGUUUUCACGCCUGGUCCUGCCACCUUUGGUGGACGCAGCUUGCUUUGGGGCCUUGCAGUGUCGCGAGCCUUCGGUGACUUGCUCAUGAAGGAGCCCCAGAGAUAUGGCUGCACAAACUGCUCUGGAGCUUUAGUCAGUGCCAUGCCCGAAAUCACCACCUGCGGCCUGAACGUCAGCGAGGACAGGUUUCUGGUCCUGGCGUGCGAUGGUAUUUGGGACGUGCUGAGCGAUGAGGAGGCAAUCAGCGUGUGCUCAGAGCAUAAAACUGCUGAUUUGGCUGCUCAUGCUCUUGUCCGGCGAGCCUUUGAGCUGGGGAGCGAUGACAAUCUGACUGCUGUGGUGCUUGCCUGGAGUGCGGAGGACAAGGUGGGGUCCAGCGAGAUUGGUGGAUUUCGCAUCUUCAAGGUGAACGAUGGCAGCCCUGCAGCAGAAGCGGGGCUGGAGGUCUUCUUUGAUUUCAUCGUGGAAAUCAACGGAGUUUUGAUGGAUGCAGACCAGACAACCUUCGCCAAAGCCAUUCAAGAUGCCGAGAAUCAGCGGACCAAGCUGGUGGUGCAGAAUAUUCGAACCCACACGUCCCGCGACGUCUAUGUGACUCCCCGGCGCUGGGGCGGUGCUGGACUUCUGGGUGCUGUGGUGAGAUACGAUUCCUUGGAAAGUGCAGAGGGACAGGGAAUGCGCGUGCUGAGCAUUUUCCCCGACUCUCCAGCGGAAGCUGCGGGAUUGGUGCCCAACAAGGACUUCCUCUUGGGCACCACGGAGGUGAUGUUCCGAGAUAUGGAUGAGCUGGCGGAAGUGGUGAAUCUCUACAUGGGAAAGGAGCUCAAGGUCUAUGUGUACAACCUGGAUUCGGAGAGCAUCCGAGAAAUCAUCCUGGUCCCCAGGACAGAUUGGGGUGGUGAAGGUGCCAUUGGCGCGGACAUCCGAACGGGCCUCCUCCAUCGGAUUCCUGCACCGAGGCGUGCCUUCGGCGGCGAUGAUCCUUUGCUGGAACCGGAGAUACCGCAGGGGCCAGGCUCCGACGCUGCACCGGGUCCUCAAGUUGCUGUUCCGCGUCAGCUGGACCCUCAACAAGUGAAUGAGCUGCUCUCCCAAGUCCAGCAUGAACUUUCGCUGCUGCAGAAGCUACAGACUCAGCAAGAGCUUUCAGAGCUGCAGCAGCAACACCUCCAGCAGUUUAUGUACAUGCAACAACAGCUCUUGCAGUUGCAACAGACCCAAGGGCACCUGCCAUCGGCUCGCCCAAAAAACGACCCCGCACCGCAUCCGGUGCCAUCUGAAAGCGUUCAGGACUCAAAGCACAGUUCUGAGCAGGUUGCGCCAAGAAUGCAGCCCCAGGAGCAGGUACACAGUGUGCCUAAUGGGGACAGCCAUUAUGAAGGUAGCGACCGGGCAGAGGGCCAGAUUCAAAGAUUGUUUCAGCUCCCUCCAGCUGCGAAGGCUGCAGCGGAAAGGCUGGAACGCUCACCUUUUGACAUGCUGGCGCCUGGAAUCAUUUACGAGACUGCGGUUUCAUGA